AUGAAUAACCUACAGAGGGCAGUCACAACGAGGUGGAGUGGAAUGCUGAGGGGGGAAAUCCACGUAACGAGCCAAGUGGACAUAAUACGGAACAGUCACCUAAGGAGGAUCCUAUGCACCCUGUCACAUCGGCAGAACAUAAUAUGCUUAGCGAAUGUACAACGAAGGGGAUUUCUUUUUAAAAGCGAAAAGAGUGACAUCAUAAAGAAUGAGAUUGAAGAAAUCCUAAAAACGGAUAAGGACCCCCAGCUGAUGGGGAGGGGGUGGACAAAAGACGUGAAAGAAAGUGACUACUCCGGGGGGAACAACCAGAAUGAACCACCAAGGGGAAGUAACCAAAACGAGUAUAAGAAUAAAAGAGGGAAGUUUAAAAGGCUGUUCAUUUUUAUAGCCUUCCAAAGCAUCCCCAUCGUGGGCCUCAUGUAUUUAUUUAAGUAUAUAGAGAGCGUCAAAUUGGCGGAGCUCAACCUCACAUUUGACUCAUCAGAUGAUAUAAUAAAAGAGGCCCUAAAACUCAUAAGGGGGGAUUCGAAAUGUUUCUGUAUGUACAGGGAGGGUGAGGAAAUUAAAACUUUCUUCGUGGACCCCCUGGGGCCGGAGGAGUCUGAGGUGAACUACGAGCGGGCAGGGGCAGACACGACAGGCACAACAGACGUGACAGACGCGACAAACGCAACAGAUGUUGUGAAGGCAGAAUUGGCCCCCCCGGGGGAUCACCACGAAGGGGCCAACGGAGGAAGCCAUGAGGAGACCCCCACACACCCCCGUUCAACCCAAACGAAUGAUUUAACUAAAAUAGUUCUCUCACUAAAUAAGCCACUAAUGCAGAGAGUAAUGAACGUGAAGUCUACCAGGGAGUUUCCCCUGAACUACCUCUACUUCUGCGUCUCCAAAAAUACGGACAUUUACAAUUUUCUAAAAAAUAGAAACGAAUUGGUAAGUCUGCUUUACUCGGAUGACGCGAAAAACGUGUAUGUUACUUUGACGGGGUCUGCUUCGAUUAUAGAAAAUGAAGUCAUACGGAACGUAAUUUGGACGGACCGAUGGUCCUACCUUAUAUCGGAUGACCUCCAAGAAAAUUAUGUGUUAAUUAAAUUCACACCAUCUACUGUGUCUCUUAAAACCAUUGGCUUUAAAAAUCAGCACUGGAAGAGUAACAUCGUUCGGCGCUCCAUGACGGAUGACAAGCUGGCUUGGGUGAAGGGAUAA